AGUUAUUGUCAAACUGCGUCACCGGGAAUGUCUAUAGUAAACCGAUUGUGAAAGAAUGUGUUUUGUCCAGCAACUUCACAAUUUCCAAGUUAUGUCUUGUAGUAACCCCCUCACUGACCCGAUAAGGACACAGCUCCUGAAGGUAGCCGGGUGUAACGUGCUCUCUCCUCCUUACACCAGCCCCUUCCUCUGAUGUUUGGUUUUCUUCUUCCUGACCGUUACCUUAUGUUGUGGUGCUGAACUCUGAUACUAGAGUCUUCUCCCCUCAGCAGCAAUCACUCACACCGGUUACUUUCUGGAGAGCCUACUUCCACUUUCACUUGCCACUUUCUUAAGAUGUCUGACGAGAAGACCCCGGGAAACGGCUGUGACACAGCUGAUGAAAGAGAGCCCGCUUUAGAGCCCAGUGAAAAAAAGCUGGAGUUGCCAUUCCGAAGGAAGAUUUGUUUUGCUGUUGGUGCUGCUCCAUACCAGCUUACUGGAAAUGCUAUAGGGUUCUUCCUACAGAUCUUUUUCUUGGACGUUGUCCAGAUGGAGGCUUUCUAUGCAUCUUUGAUCAUGCUGAUUGGACGAGUUUGGGAUGCUUUCACAGAUCCAACUGUGGGAUACCUCAUCAGUAGAACAAAGAGGACACGAUGUGGCAAACUCAAACCAUGGAUCAUUUUGUCAAUGCCAUUUGGAAUCACAUUCUAUUUCCUGCUCUGGUACACCCCUUCUGGCACCAUGUCUUGGGCUUUCAGUGUCUUCUGGUACAUGUUUAUGUACGGCUUCUUUCAGAUGAGUAUGAGUUGUUAUCAUGUGCCUUUGACAUCAUUAACCAUGUUUUUGGGAGGAAGCCAGAGUGACCGGGACUCUGCAACAGCGUACAGAAUGGGUGUUGAAGUUUUGGGGACACUCGCUGGAUCAGCAAUUCAAGGACAGAUCGUUGGAGGAUACCAUGCCAAGACUAAACACAUCUGUGGUCUGAUGAAUAAUACCAAAAUUAACAGCACUUACGCGGACACGCUUCAUAGCAUGAGGAGGGCGUACAUGGUAGCUGCUGCUGUUAUUGUCAGCCUCUACUUCCUCUCUGCAGUUAUCGUAUUCUUUGGUGUGAAAGAACACGUUGGCCCUUUUAACCCACUUGGUAGAACCAAGAUUUCCUUUUGGACAAGCUUGAAAACCAUUAUGAGACAUAAACCCUAUGUACGGCUUCUUUCAGGUUUCCUGUUUGCAUCACUGGCUUUUCAGCUUGCUCAAGGCAAUUUUGCUCUGUUCUGUACUCACGCUGCUGGGCAGGGAGAUAGCUUCCAGCAUCUCGUCCUGAUCCUUCUGAUAGCUGCAUCCAUUUCUAUUCCCUUCUGGCAGUGGUUCCUGUUGAAAUUUGGAAAAAAAACAGCACUUUUUGUUGGCCUGUCUUGUUUCAUACCACCACUUAUUGUGAUUGCUUUCCUGGCUCGUUAUUUUUCAUUGUUUGCAGUUAUGGUGGUGAUUUCUGGGUGUAGUCUGUCUGUGAUCUACCUGCUACCAUGGUCUAUGUUGCCAGAUGCUGUGGAUGACUUCCGAAUAAAGAACCCUGACUGCAUGAAUAUAGAGUCCAUGUUCUUCUCGUUUUACGUUCUCUUCAAUAAAUUCUGUGGUGGCCUUUCACAAGGACUGUCUGCAUUAAGUUUACAUUUUGCAGGUUACAAGCCUGGAGCCUGUAUCCAGAAUCCAGCUGUUCCCAUCACCCUCACAGUCCUUGUAUGUGUUCUCCCCAUAGCUUUUCUUCUAAUUGGGCUGCUAAUAUUCUAUACAUAUCCAAUAAAUGAAGAGAGAAGAAGGCAGCUGAAGUUACAGUUGAAGGCACUUGGUGGAAAACAAAAUGGAAUCCUGCUAGAAAAGGCAAGUUAAAGCCAAAACAUUUUACAAAACAAACGAAGAAACUUGAAUGCCGGGAACAGGAAGAGUUCGGAGGAGUUGGAGCUUGUACAUGCACACUGCUAUUUGUUAUAUAGCCAAAUUCUUUGCUGGUUACAGUUUUCUUACCAUCAAGAGGAUUUUUUUUUUCUCACAGUACUGGAGAAUUCACCACAAGAGUUUUCUUUUCGGAGAAAUUGUGUAGAGAGAGAGAGAAAAAAAAGAGUCGGAUUUACAGACCACCCAUUUCUUGUAUGUGGUGUUUUAUGACAUACGCAGUUUAUUUUAAAUGAUCCAUAAUAGAAUGUUAAACAUGAUUGUUGGAAUAAUGAAGGCUUAUUACUGUAGCCUCAGUUUGUAAUCCAGGAUUCUGACUCAGACUGUUUUGUAGUCCAGGAAUCUGACCCGGAGUGUUUAGUGUGGAUUGACUUAAUGGUUCUUUUGGCCCAAGUCCAUGGGUCACUGGAAUUAAAUUAAAAAGAACACAGUAACCACAUACAACACUGUUUCAUUUUAAUUUACAUGUUGUAAGCCAACCUGGGUUAGCCAUGUCCGACAGCUUUUCGUCACUUGAAUGUUUAAUGGGUUGUACAGAUAGUGCUCUGAGAGGAACCGAUGCUUCUUUGAAGAAGUAGUUAAUGAGUCCACACAAUGACCAACAAAGGAUGUGUAUCAGCUGACAUGUCUGCUGCCAAGAUUAAUGUGAGGUGCUGAAGAUGCAGGUUUCAUGGAGCCUGAAUAAUUCUUCCUCUUGAAAAGACAGGACUGCCUGACACUACCUGAUGGCACCGUCAGAUGUUGGCCAACUUCAGGGUUUUUAACUUGUGGUCAGAGCUAGAGAUGUGCGAUUACAGUGCUUUGAAUAUCAAACUCUUAUUUGAAAAGGGUUCUUGAUUUUAUAGUGGUGCAAAAUAUUUCAUACAAUGCAAUACAUUCUGGAACAUUUCUGAUAUGAUUUAGAAGUGGAAUUAUAUGUAAGCAUUAACCCCAGACCAGAGUGAACAUUACUGUGAUUCUUGCAUAAGUGUUUUGAAGGACUUGGUACAUGUUCUGAAGAAUGUAGUGCAUCUCUCUUCUAAAGGAAAAGAGAAAACAGUACUAAACAAACACUGAAAAGUGUACUGUGCUGUGACAUUUCAACUAGUACUUGUAGUAUGAAAUGAAAAACAGCUGUCUUAAAAGUCAUAAGAAGAGAGCCUAAGACCCAUAAUGACAGAAAUGAGGUUGUUUAAAGAAUGUGUUUUUUUUAUCAGACAAAUGCAAUCUGAGAACUUGAUUGUUGUGCAUUUUGACCUCAGCUGACUAAUUUUGUUCUGUUCCAUCCAUUAUUUUCUUAUACUUCAGGUCUGAUUUAGGACAUACUUCACAUCUGAAACAGCGUUAUAAAAUGAUUAUGUUUUAA